CGCUUCGGAUCAGUGUUUCGAAACAUCUGCGCUUCGGGACCUCAACAAAGCUUCGGAACGUCAGUUUCGCGUCAGCCAUCCCUAGUUAUGCAUCCCAAAUACUAGACGCAGCCUCUCCCCAGGACCUGUAAACACCUGUUUCCCUUUUUGUAAUGUUGGUUAGGGACUUUUCUCUGUGUUCAGCCCAGUCCCAGUCAACACAAGGGUUAAAUCCACGGCGGUUUUUUAACAUUGUGUGGCAAAAGUGAAACUGUGAAAAGGGGGAACCCGCGUGUUGCACAGAAGGACGUUUGCUAACAGGAAUUAGUCUGAUCCCAGAGUUACAUGUUUUACUACCAUGGAGUGUGUUAGAGCAAUGAUUAACUGGAGGCUAAACACCGAGAGGUCAAAGACCACCCCCAGGUUCGCUCAGUCGGACUGCUGCCUGUGCUAACGUUUCAGCUCAACUCCGUUCCAGCUGCCUCCCUAUCCCUCCGUAAUGGACCUGUUAGUUGGCUCGACGGCGAGGGAAACCUUGGAGCGAGUUUCAGCUUUGCUGGGAUGCGGUCCGACCGAUGCAGAGGUGGCUGCACAUCUGGACCAACACGACACCCUCAGACAUCUCAGGGACCAGUUCCUGGUGCCCAAAAUAAAAGAUCUGCCUCCCUCUGAUCUCUCGCUGGUCGACGGGGCCGAGGAAUGCAUCUACCUGGUGGGCAACUCGCUGGGGCUUCAGCCCAGAACGGCCCGGAAAUACGUGGAAGAGGAGCUGGACAAGUGGGCCAAAGCGGCCAUCCACGGUCACACCGAAGGCUCCCGACCCUGGGCGUGGGCUGAGAACAACAUAGAGGAACUCAUGGCCAAUGUUGUUGGAGCGAAACCUGAAGAGGUGGCGCUGAUGAACGGCCUAACGGUUAAUCUCCACCUUCUACUGCUUUCCUUCUACAAACCCACAUCAAGGCGGCACAAAAUCCUCCUGGAGGAGAAGGCCUUUCCUUCAGACCACUACGCGGUGGAGUCUCAGAUCCGCCUGCGAGGAUUGGACCCUCAGAAGAGCAUGCUGCUGCUGUCACCCAGACCGGGAGAAGAGACUCUGAGAAUCGACGACAUCCUGGAGGCCAUCGAGAAGGAGGGCGACUCCAUCGCUGUGGUGAUGUUCAGCGGCGUUCAGUAUUACACCGGCCAGCUGUUCGACAUGGCCGCCAUCACCGAGGCUGGCCAGAGGAAGGGCUGUUAUGUGGGUUUUGACUGCGCCCACGCUGCGGGAAACGCCGAGCUCAAGCUGCACGACUGGGGAGUGGACUUCGCCUGCUGGUGCUCCUACAAGUAUAUAAACUCAGGUGCUGGUGGUCUAGCCGGGGCGUUUAUCCACGAGAAACAUCGAGACACCAUCCAACCUGCGCUGCUGGGAUGGUGGGGACAUGACCUGAAAACUCGGUUCCAGAUGAAUAACGUCAUGGAGCUGCAGCCUGGAGUGAGCGGCUUCAGACUGUCCAACCAGCCCAUCCUGCUUGUCUGCCCCCUGCAGGCCAGUUUGGAGGUGUUUAACAUGACCAGUAUGCAGGCGUUGCGCAGGAAGUCUCUCCUGUUGACAGGCUACCUGGAGUAUCUGAUCCAGCAUUAUUACAGCGAGGACGCCGCUCAGCCUCACAAAGCCCACGUCCACAUCGUCACGCCCUCGGACCCUCAGCAGAGAGGCUGCCAGCUGUCGCUCUCCUUCUCCGUCCCUAUCCUGAAAAUCUUCCGGGAGCUGGAGAAGAGGGGAGUCGCUUGUGACAUGAGGGAGCCCAAUGUGCUGCGAGUCGCUCCGGUGCCGCUCUACAACUCGUUUAGCGACGUUCACCGCUUCAUCCAAACACUGGGAUCAGCACUCACCGCCAGCAGCCAGUGAAUGAACUAUGUACUAUAGAGGUCGACCAAUAGUGGAUUUUACCCAUACUGAUAGCUAGGUUGGGCCGUAUUUGCCGAUAACCGAUUAAUCGACUGAUAGUAUUUACACUUUGAAUUUCGUCAUAGCAUUUAUAUAACAAAUACUCUAUGGUCUUACAAAGCUAACGUUUUUGACCGAUUACAAUUUAAUCAAUUUUUGUGACCUGGAGAGGUCUCGUUAGGAGGAAGCUAGCUAUAGCUCUGUUUGCCAUUUAUUCCAAUGGGGAAACAUCGCGGCUAGACUUUCGACAUACAUUCCAUUCCAUUUUUGUGAAUUAGAGAAGUCUCGUCAGGGCAGCGGCAUUUCGGUAAAACAGUAACCCAGAAAGGGUGACUUUGCGCCGGCCGCAGAGCCCCGUUGGCUGCUGAUAGCUCUGUGCCGAGUAGCAGUGCUUCGGCUGUAGCCUACUUCCACCCAAUAGUCCCAAGUCAACAUCUGCCUAGGAAAUCAUCUAGUCUUAAUCUGCAUUGCUAUUUUUACCCAUUGUGAAUACGCAGGC